UAUGGUACUUCCGGGCUGACUUCCGGAAUGUGGUUGACAGGCUGCAGCGGUCCUCUGGGAGAUGGUGGUGUUGUUAGUGUAAGCGCGCUUUUUACUUACUAUAAUGACUUCUUCGUGGACCGAACGGCAGGGACAAGUCGGAGAUCUUCAGGGCAAGAGUAAAGAAGAGCUUUGCGAAAUUUUACGGCGACAGGAGAAACUACUUAGUAACAAGAAAUUUGUUCAGUCCCUUCCAGAUAAAGGGAAGAAGAUAAUAGACUUUGUACAGAGACUUCAUCUAGCUGUUGCCAAAGAUGAGGAAGAGGAGAAAAAACAGGACCUGCUGUUAGCUGUGAAGACUGAGUUUCAGUCUAAAUAUCAGCAAGCAUUGGCACAGAGAGCUCCUGGAAAUCAUGACACUGAGUCGGGUCCAGAGCUUUCCAAGACAUCCCAGGAAGUCAUGGGACAUAGCGACACGGAUUCUCCCAUUGUACCCCUGGGGGCCUGUGUACAGGACAGUGCUGGUUCUAAUGGGCUCAUAGGUUUCCUUGACUCGACGGCUCUCGAUGUGGUUGGCAUGGAGACAUGUGACAAGGAAUCCGGCAGCUUGGAGGGGGUGAAGGAGGACAUCACAGAAGCCUUUGAGAGGGUGACAUUGUCUGAGGACGCAGCCGCCCCCAGCUUGUCCAAAGCCAGAUUGUGUGAGGGGGUGACGGACAAUCCCUUCUGGGGACGGCGCCCACAGAAAAAGCCACACUGCGUGGAGAUUGUGGAGAAGACCGAGAUAAACGUAUCGUCUAGGAAAGUGAAGUUUAAGCCCAACCAAUGUAUUGACAGGCCUCUUCUGAAGGCCGACGGCUCCCCGAGUGACUCCUCCCCAUCUGCUCAGUCUCCGGGGACUGUGUCGCCGCUCUCCAUCGAGGCCAGGAGGCAGCGGGACCGGAAACACCUGGACGACAUCACGGCGGCCAAACAGCGGCCGCUGCACCACAGCCCUGCUCAGCUGUUGAACCUGGCCGAAUCCGUCUCCCUGCUGCAGGAACACAGCAGGAAAUACGAGGAGCUGCAGGCCAAGGUGGCUGCGCAGAAGCUGGCCGAGAGGUUGGGCGUCAGCACAGAACCCUGUGGCCCGGAUGUGCGGGUCUUGCGGGCGUAUCGAGAGGUGCGUGACAUUGGAGACCACGUCCCCUCAGAUGAGGAUUAGGAGGUCGGGCAUCCGCACAGGAUGCUGGGUGAAUCAUAUGGAAGGUGAUGAGAAAAAGGACCUAAGUGGGAUGGUACAUGUGAGACACGGACCGGGACCUGAUCAGAGGACCCGGACCUGAUCAGAAGAGCCCUUUUCCAGCAUGUAUAGACAGCUGCCCUAAGUGCUGCACUCAGAGUGGCACCUGCUGUCAUCCGCAGAUUUUUACGUUGCCUUGUCCACAGAGCUCCUAACUUCGCAAAGUGAAUUAUUUUUGUAUUACUCUUCAGUGCUUAUUUAUUAAAUAAAUCAAUGUUCUUAAAAAUG